UGAGGUGCUUUCUCCCACUCCUUAGCACUGCAUCAUCUGCCAGCAAGAUGAAGUUUGAGAAUGUGCUUGUAGAGGUUAAUGGCUUCGGGAGAUUUCAGAUUAGGUUGAUUCUCUUGCUGGUCAUUCCUCGAGUGACUUUGCCAUUUCACUUCCUGCUUAAUAAUUUCAUCGCUGUGAUUCCCUCUCACCACUGCGACAUCAGUUCUUUAGACUAUGGAGACAGAUUUAGGAAUUUAUCUCUGGAAGACAAGCUUGUUGUUAGCAUCCCUUUGCAGAGGGAUGGGAGCCUGAGCUUGUGCCAGAUGUUUCCAGAGCCUCAGUAUCACCUGCUGUAUAACUCUACAAACACCACCGAUCUACUUACAAUUCCAUGCCAAGAUGGAUGGGUUUAUGACCACAGCACCUUCAAAUCCACUCUUGCUACUGAGUGGGACCUGGUUUGUGAUAAGAGAAGCGUGAACAGAGCUACAGCCACCAUCUUCUUCAUGGGGGUCAUGGCUGGUGCAGCAGCUUUUGGCUAUCAUAGUGACAGGUUUGGCCGCAAAAUAACCCUUCUGGUGUCCUACAUAAUAACUACCAUCUUUGGUUUUGCGAGUGCAUUCUCCUACAAUUUUGCCAUGUUUGCUGCCAUGAGGUUUUUUACUGGAUUUGGGAUUUCUGGAAUCAGUAUAGUUUCCAUUGUCCUUUGUAUAGAAUGGAUCAACAUCAAGCAUCGUACCUUGGUGGGAGUUUUAAUGAGUUUAGACUGGAGUUUAUCAACUAUUCUGUUACCUGCUGUGGCCUAUUUCGUGAAUGACUGGAGAUACCUGACCGUCACUGUGACCACCCCACUGUUGUUAGCUAUGAUCUGUUGGUGGUGGCUUCCUGAGUCUGCCAGAUGGCUGAUAAGUAAUGGAAAAGUAAAGAAUGCUCAUUUUUACCUCACUAAGUGUGCACAAUUCAACCACAGAGAGGAGUUCAUGGCUGAUCUAAAGCCUGAGGUUCUCUCCAAAAUAAUACUUGUAGAGGACAAAAACAGAAAAUACUCCUAUGUGGACCUUGUGAGGACCCCCAGAAUGAGGCAGCUUGCUCUACUCACUGGCAUCGUUUGGUUUGGAGUGGCCUGCGUCUAUUAUGGAAUCAGCUUGAAUGUCCCUGGGUUUGGAGUGGGCAUUUAUCUCACACAAUUCAUCUACGGCAUCACAGAAGUCCCGGCAAAAGUCUUCAUAAUUUUUUUUCUAAACAAAAUAGGCCGAAGAUUGACUCAGGCUGGAUCGCUUUUUCUCACAGGGCUGUGUAUAGUCAGCAACAUGUUCAUCCCUCAAAAUCAGUGGACUGCAAGGAUAGUUGUCGGAGCUUCGGGCAAGAUGUUUGCAGAGGCAGCUUUUACAACUGUAUUCCUGUACACAGCAGAGCUUUAUCCGACUGUCAUGAGGCAAAACGGACUUGGUUACAGCUCUUUUAUGGCCCGUAUUGGUGUGUCUCUAUCGCCCCUGGUGAUAAUUCUCGAAGACUUCUGGUCUUACUUGCCGAGUAUCAUUUUCUCCCUGGUGGCUUUUACAGCUGUUGUGUCAGCUUCUUUUCUUCCUGAGACAGUAAAUGUACGUCUUCCAGAGACAAUCGAAGACGUGGAACAGACAAGAAGACGAUCUAUACCCACAUCUGAUGAGAAAUCUACUCUGUGAAUGUUUUUGGGCGUGAAAAACAAAAAGCUUGGUUCCACUGACUUGGAGAAGAAAUGACAAAUGUCCCACAAUAUUUAUCUGCUACACUUCAAUACAUCUCUGUUGUUUGAGAAAAUGUUGUAAUGUCCUGAGCAGGAGCUUUUUGUUCCUGAUACUGAUUUGAGUCAGUUAAGUAUAUCUCGGUGUGAUACUACAAUAAAAUCACUACCAAGCUACUGAUUCCUUCAAGUCAGUAGCUUUAAAGUGAAAACACACACAAA